AUGACACAGCCAUUAGUGGCGCAGCUCUAUGUUUGGUAUGAAGCUCUUAAGCUGGUCAUGAGAUACACAACGGACAACCGUCAGCUACGGCGACAGUUUCUGGUUCUGGGCUUGGCAUCGGUGGUGCGGACGGGCACCCUCGUGGCGAAGAUGCGCAUGAAUGAGAUGCAGGUCUACUACCAAAACUCCGGCCAGCUCAGAAAGUGGGUCCGAUCCAUGAUCGAUGGCAUCCUGGCCUGUGCUGUCAUUGCCGGGCUUACCAGCUGGCAUUCUUAUGCCGAGAAGGCCUUGGCGCGGAUGUGGAGGCAGGCGCUCACCACCCGACUGCACCAGCUUUACUUCGCCAGCUCGCACUUCUACCAGAUCGCUCAGGGCGGGGAAGCAGAAGGUGCCGUGGUCGAUGCAGACGUUCGGCUGACAAGUGAUGUCCCAGCUUUGGCAUCAAGUGUUUCAAGCCUACUCUCCCAAAUGCUGGGAGGAGUUGUUGACGUGAUAGCCUUUUCGGUGAUUCUGGCAAGGCAGGGUCGACGGGGCGUCCUCUUCGCUGUGGCCACGCAAAUCUACGGCAUCUCCCUCUAUAUCACUGCCAACUACAUCAUGCCGGUGGAUUGGGCAGGACUGCUGGGUGGUGCCGCUGCGACAGACUCAGCAUUGAAGCAGAGUCUGAGCCGCGCAGAGACGCACGCGCAGGCAAUCUGUGCGAUGCAAGGAGGGCCUCCAGAGCUGCGCGAUUUCAAUGGCAAGCUUAGAGCCGCACUGGCCGCGAAGUGGCGAGCCUAUGUAGGUCAGGACAGGCUGGACACCUUGUUGUACUACUUCAUCUUCUCUUGUCUGGAGCAGUCACCACUGGGCUGGCUGACCUAUCUAUGGGGAGUUUCGAGCCUAAUGGCUGGCCGAUCGGUACGCGUGGGUAACGAAGCCAGCCGCGUUCUGGGCUACACUGAGCGCAGUCAUAUGGUGGCUGAAGGCUACAGCCGGGGCAUCCAGCUCUUCUGGGGUGGCAACUUCCUCCUUUGGGCUACUUUUCGAAUUGUCUUCGCUUUGCAUCAGGUGUUGCAGAACUACGCAGCCAUAAUGCGGAUUCAGCAUUUGGAAAAGAAGCUUGUGGCCACUGCCAAGCCGCCAGUUCGAGUCAACAUCUCGCCAGAAGACCGCAUUGAGUUCAAGGAUGUCUCCAUCCAUACACCAAGCAACGCGCUGUUGGUCGACCGGUUGUCCUUCUCUGUCCGCUGGGGGGAGGCCUUGCUUCUCACUGGCCACAACGGCUCGGGCAAGAGUUCCAUUUUCCGUUGUCUGGGCGGUUUGUGGAUGAUCCAGAAUGGAAACAUCGUCCGUCCCCGCAACCACACGGAAGAUGACACUGACGAAAUCGGUCUGACCGGCGUGGUGUACUACCUUCCGCAGAGGCCAUACAAUGCGCUGGGCACGCUCAUGGACCAGUUCUGCUACCCGGAUCCAGUGCCAAAAACUUUGACCGAGAAAGAACUGCGGAGAUGGCUCGACUUCGUAGACCUCGGACACCUCGCCGACUAUCCAGGCGCCUUCUCCGAGCAAAUCGACUGGGAGCAGGUCUUGUCGCGAGGUGAGCAGCAGCGACUUGCCAUACUGCGCUUGUUUUGGAGGCGGCCCAAGUUCGCCGUGCUCGACGAGUGCACAUCAGCAGUGAGCGGCGAAAUGGAGCGACGCCUUUUCGAACUAUGCCCCAAACUGGGAAUUUCGUGCAUCACCAUCGCACACAGACCAGCUCUGCUUCAAUACCAUCAGCAACAGCUCAUGCUGACGGGAAAGCCUACAGAAAAUGGAGGCUGGAGUCUGAAAAAGAUUGACGGCGGAACGACGACUUUCGACCCAGAAGCCAGCAAAAACAUUGAUGCUGCUGGCCUUAUCGAGAGCUACAUGGCUGGGCGUGCGAUCAAGCUUUCCGAGGCACGCAAGACUGAGUGUGCUGAGAUUGCGCAAGAGCGCUCGCGCAAGUUCGAGGAGUGUAGCACGCGCUCGCUUCUGCCACAGGAAAGGCAGACCAGGAUCUACCAUCCUGCCCUUUUCACGGGACUGCGGCAGCCUGCUGCGGUUGGGCGCUUGGCAGCUCUUGUGCUUUGCCUGGUGGUGCGGUGUCCACUGCUUUUGGCAGCUUGGAGGUCUGUUGGAGAGAUCAUAGUGAGUGCGCUGUCCGGCGAUGUGGCUUUCAUUCGCCGUGCUUUCUGGAAGAAUAUGAAACUGUCCAUGCUGACACUGGUGCUGGAUCGGCUAAUCAAGCGUCUCUCGCAGCGGUUGGCCAUGUUGGUGCAAGAAGGACUCUCCCUGAAAGUCCACGAGCUUUUGCUGAGGAAGCACGCCAUCCACCAUGGGAUGGCGUGGCAGCUACCAGCAACUUUGCCCCCUGCAGCGCGGACGGCUGAGGUCGCUGGACUCGGAGACGCACUACUGGGCUUCAUGGAGUCUUCCCUGAAGCCUUGCGUGCUCGCAUUUUAUGGCGCAGCGCUAUCGCUGUUCACUGGAGGUUGGAGAGUCUUCGUCCUGUAUUUGCUGAACAUGCCACUUCACGGCCUGAUUUCCCGCUACGUGAUGCCAAACUAUGCCGUCCACAUGGGUGGGCUAGCGGACAAGGAGGCCAAGUUCAAGACGGUUCAUGCCCGUUUCCGCCAAAACUUGGAGCCCAUUGCUUUCUCCGGGGGCGGCCGGGCAGAACAGCGAAUCAUCGAGCAGCGCUUUGACGAUGUAAUCAAGACACAGCAGGCACUGGACAACGAAGAUAUUCUUUACCAGGCCGCGACCGACUUCCUCACGAAUGGAAGCUUGCUGCCAUUGUCUUUCAUGCGAGUCUUGUCCAUGUACUACACCAUGAAGAAGUCCUCAGCAGUCAGCCAGGGUGCCAUAUCUCCUGCGGAGCUAUAUGGUAUGUGGGCCUUUGAUCGUGGAACCACGCUGGCCUUCAACAACAUGUCUGCAGUUUGCAGGUUGCCUGAAAGGCUUAUCGGCCUACAUUUCACUUUGGCCCGUAUUUCCGAAUUCCUGAAUGGCCUUGAGCAAGCUGAGCGCUUGGCCCCAAAUGUUGCCACGGCACAAAACAUCGCAGACGAGCCGGUUCUCAAAGUCCGGGACCUCGACAUCUUGACCCCCGGCAAGGAUGAAGUCUUGGCACUGCGUGUGGGAUUUGAAGUGAAGCCUGGCAAUCCCGUGGUCAUUACCGGGCCCAAUGCUUCAGGAAAGUCUUUGCUUGCAGGCCACCUUGCAGGACUUCGUGCUCCAAGUACGGUGAAUGCCUCCGUGACCUUUUGCGGCUCUUCCGUCUUCCGCACUCGGCCGUUUCUCCACGACCUGCUGCUGAUUCCCCAGAAACCGUAUUUGGCUCCUGGAGGGCUCGGUGAUCAAGUAUCCUACCCCCUCAGUGGUUCGGAGCAGGAUCCGAAGAAGUUGCAGCAAGCUUUGGACGUAGUAGGUAUUGGAUACCUAGUUGAUCGUCAUGGGGGCCUUUUUACUACACCAGGGUUGCAAUGGGACGAGAUCUUGUCCGGUGGUGAGCAACAGCGAAUAGGCAUCGCUCGCUGCCUUUUCCACUGCCCGCGGCUUGCCAUCCUUGAUGAGUGCACCUCCAUGGUUUCCCAGGACACCGAAGUUCAGCUUUACAAAGCCAUCGCCGAAGCAGGUUGUGUGCCAAUUACCAUCUCUCAGCGCCUCACGCUACCGGAGAUCCAUGAGCAGGAGCUGCAGCUGGGCUGCGACAGCCUGGCGGGGUGGUCCUUGCAAGCGUGUCAGUGA